UUUCCCCCUACCCCUCUCACCAUCAUCAUCAUCAUCAGAGCUUCUCCGAUCUUCUUCUCCAGUCUCCGGUCAUAACUUCCCGAUCUCACUAGAUCGCCAUGGGCAAGGACGUUGAGGUUGCUGGUGAAUUUCAAACCAAGGACUACCACGACCCGCCUCCUGCCCCGUUGAUCGACGCUGAGGAGUUUGCCAAAUGGUCUUUCUACAGAGCCAUAAUUGCCGAGUUUAUUGCUACCCUCUUGUUCCUCUACAUCACCGUUCUGACGGUUAUUGGGUACAAGAGCCAGGUCGACAUCAGCGAUGAUCAGUGCACCGGUGUGGGUAUUUUGGGAAUCGCAUGGGCUUUUGGUGGUAUGAUCUUCAUCCUCGUUUACUGCACCGCCGGAAUCUCAGGGGGUCACAUAAACCCAGCGGUCACUUUUGGGUUGUUCCUGGCGAGGAAGGUGUCGCUGAUCCGAGCCAUUCUGUACAUGGUGGCUCAGUGCUUGGGAGCCAUCUGUGGAUGUGGGCUCGUCAAGGCUUUCCAAAAGUCUUACUAUACUAAGUACGGUGGUGGUGCCAACGGGCUCAAUGACGGGUACAGCAAGGGCACCGGACUCGGCGCUGAGAUAAUCGGAACCUUUGUUCUUGUCUACACCGUCUUCUCCGCCACCGAUCCCAAAAGGAACGCCAGAGACUCCCAUGUCCCUGUUUUGGCUCCACUUCCAAUUGGGUUCGCUGUGUUCAUGGUCCACUUGGCCACCAUCCCGAUCACCGGCACCGGCAUCAACCCUGCUCGGAGCUUCGGAGCUGCAGUGAUCUUCAAUCAGGACAAGGCCUGGGAUGACCAAUGGAUCUUCUGGGUUGGACCCUUCAUCGGAGCCGCCAUCGCCGCCUUCUAUUACCAGUUCGUCUUGAGAGCAGCGGCUAUAAAAGCACUUGGGUCCUUCAGGAGCGGUUGAAAACAUAUAAAAUUGCGGAAAAUUUCCUUUUGAACUUUGUAUAGUACUUAAGGAAUGUCUGCUCUGCUGGGCUUGUGUAGUGUAUCAGGCACUUUUUUUUUUUUUUUUUUUCAAUCUGCCCAAAUGUUUUAUCCCCUGUUAUUCCGUCUUGGUCAUGUCAAACUUAUGGCUCCUCCUGAGGAUUGCAUCCAAGUGUUCUACUUCAAUUUAUCUCCAAAAAUUAGAUUUAAUCGAUAGUCCUGACAUAAUGAGUGUCCUUAGUGGUGCAUAUAAUUUCAUUGUUGAAAAUGACACUUUAUUCGGAUUUCGUGGAUAAAAUUGAUUGCAGUAC